GUAAUCAGUUACUCUCGCACUUGAUUUGCGUAAAAUAUUUAUCUUGUCUGGAGGAGAAGCCAUGAAGUUUACAAUGUUCCACUUUUCCAGGAAGGAAGAAACUUCGUGAAAGGCUCAACUAAUAAUGAACUAUUUGACAGAAUACGAAAUCAGCAUUUAAAAAAAAAAAAAAAAAAAUUCUGCUCUUGGCAAAAAGGUGCACACGACAACCCAGCAGUGCUAAAGAAGUACCAUACAGCGCAUUAGAAUAUCAUCUUGCAUUGUACUGCAUUUUUCGAAAGAAUAGAAAAAACAAAACAACGCAGUAUAGCCUUGUGUAGAAAGUAAAAGGAAUAAUGUUAAAUACAGUUUUUUGCUUUGUGUUCGAUGCCGUGGAGAAGUUUUCCCAAGGUUCAGAUUUUUCUGAUUUUGUCCAACAGCUUCCUCAUUUUUUAGCCCUCGUAUCUCUUCUGCUGGGGGGUGUGGUUUUCUUUGUUAUUGUUUUGCUCAAGAAAAGAGGCCAGCGUGCUACCGCGCCCACCUUUCCUGUUGAUUACAGAACUGACCUUUCAAUUCAAGAAGUGUUACAGAACAAAUACAUUGCCGGAAUUAACGGAAAAAGGAGGAGACACCAGGAUGAACUGACAAAGAAAAAAAGAAAAGACAAGGGGAAGGAAUCAGCCAAUGGACAGCCCCCCAUUGCUUCAGAAACCAGAUCAUCAAGGGAGGACAGUAUACACAGUGCCACUGUUGUUGACAAGAAGCAAGUAAAGCUCAAGAAAAAGAAGAAAAAGACAGAGAUUGUGUUAGAGAGGCUUUCAAAGGGACUUUCAUCUGACAAAGAGAAGAAUGAUGAAGAAGAGGCAGGUCUGUGGGUUACAAAAAUCAGCAGUCGAGAGAAGAGACAGUUGAAGAAAGAGCGCAUGAAACAAAAGGACGCUGAAAAAGCUGUAUCCCCAGAAGCCCUCGCUUGCGACACAGCGAUCCUGUGGGAUGAUGGCGUUGAUAAAGAAACUGAAUGGCAGGCCUCACCACAGAGUAUGGACCCUGACACUGAGGGUCAGGGGCAGGCUGAUGGCAAAGUGCAAGGCUGCAUAUGGAGGGAGUUGAAGCCCCGGGAUGCUGUGCAGCAAAGCCGGAGGCCAGUGGAAUGGGCACCACCAGGAAAGCCAGAAGAGGAUAUCUUUUCCCAUGUAGGAACUUGGAAUGUGAAAGGUGCGAAGACAGAGCCUGUGACUUUUGGGACUCUGCCUGACUUUUCCUCUGAAUUAGAUAGUCCAGACAUUAUCUCAAGUCCGUCCCACUGCCUGUGGAGUGCUAAGCUACCCAGCUUCGGAGUGGAUGAAGCUUGGCUUGGAUUAGUGGAUCCUUUUGUCAUCGACCAAAACUCAGAUUGGAGCCCUCCUGCUGAGGAGUGGGGUAACUGGACAGGAGAGUCCAACUUGCUGGCGCAACCACAGACAGUUAAUGAGAAGCAGCAGGGGCAGGGGUCUGGAAGAAGAGCAGGGCAAGAGAACCUGAAGGGAGGUGUUUCAGUGAACCUGUCUCAGUGGGCAGCAGGAGGUUCUCCGGGAAACACACACAUGGAGUACAAGAGCUUAGCUGGAUCCGUGUCUGCUGACAGUCAAGACACCAAGAAGGAAAGAAAGAAGAAAAGGAAAAUAAGGAAAGAAACCUGACCUCUCUUUCCGGCAAAGAGCAAGGGAUAAAAAAUCGCAUUGUGUGGUUGCUAAAUUAGCUGCAAUGGCUCUGCUUUAGGAAGUGCUGCACUAAGCCCAAUUCAACACCCAGAAUGCCAGAAAAACACUUUAAAGUGAGAGAGUGUAAGGAGAUAAAGGAGGUCAGACUGGCGCUUCUUGGUGUGCAGAUAAAACUGCUCAGAGCUUAUUAACUCCUGGGAUUUUCUUUUCUAAUAAAUCGGUUCAGAAGGAACAGAAGUGUCUUCCUGUACUGUAGGAGACACCGUGUUUGUCAUGACAGUAAAACGUUUGUGUUUCUAGUUUAAGUGGAGAUACUGUAAGUGACCAGAUAGAUUUGUCCCAUUUAUUAUAGUGAGAAAUGUGUUAAAAGCGAAGCCAUACACUUCAGAUUAUUUCUUGUCGUUUUAUAUGGCAGCAUAUUGCUUUGUUUCAAUUAAUAGCUUGUUUGGUUGGUUGGUUGAUUUUUAUCAUCUGUGUCAUUGUUGUUUUUUUUAAGAUAUGCAUGACAGAGAUGGGAAACAGUAAAACAGUAUGCCUGUUAUUUCCUCGAAAAAGUAGUGUAAUAGUGUAAAAAUCUUUGUAUUUUAUAAUUGUUUUUUUUUCUAUACUUAACGUUUUUGAUAUUCAGUACAGUCCCUAUUAAAUCAGUUUAAAGAUUACCUUUUUUUAAAAUACAUACCACUGCUUUUUAUUUCUGUUGAGAUUUCUUAGUUUACAAAGAUUGAGUUUCAGUGUGAUGAAUGAAAAAUACAUUAGGUGAAUCACAGUUAACUUAUCACUGCUCUUUUGUAAUUUCUAUGCUGAGAGUAAAUUUUGUUAAAUUGUUUGGGGGGAUGGAUUCACUACUCUUCACAUUUUUAAAUAAACAAAAACAGUUGCUAUGCGAUCAUGCUACUACUACAGUAUGGAGGUCCAUUUCUACCACAAAAUAAAUAAAAGCGCUCUCUCAGAAUUCUGACUUUGUAAACCAGACUUCCGACUUAGCAAGUCAGUAUUCUGAGAUACUCGGAAUACUGAGAUAGCUCUUCAUUUUUUUGUGAUGGAAAAUGGGCUUCCAAGGUACCCGUAGUACCUUCUGUUUGUUUUCAAACACACGCUCCCUUUAAGAAAACAUACCAAACAAAUGUUGGUUAAUUUUGGUUUGCUCAGUUGUUUGGGAAACUAGGAGAAGUGAAUACAGGAAUAAAAAAGCAAUGUUGUGUUAUCAAAAAAAAGUGUAUCUAUAAUAUUGAAUUGUUUGUAUACAAAAGCAUUGUUGAUAACUUUUUAAAAGAAAUACUACAUAAAACUAAAUACAUUCAAUAUGAAGCAUUUUGAUUAGAAGUCUUUUUAAAUGUCGUCUUUUUCUAACUGAAGUUAUUUAAAGAAAAUCUUGUUGAAAUGUUUGCCAUUAAAUGUAUUUAGUUUAUUUUAAAAGUAGUUGAGGAGAGGAAUCUGGGGUCCUGGGGUCUGAAACUGAGCCAUGAUUUUUUCAGUGAUUAUUAGAUUUGCUUAGUGCAAUAUUGUGUACUGCAAAUGCAAAAAAGAUCACAGGUUUGUGAUUUUCUCACUUUGCUGUAUGUUUGAGUAAGAAAAAAACAAACAAAAAACAGUUGCAGUACUAACUUCAGAUAACACAUUUUCCAGAAUGUUUUUAUAUGUUGUACUAUUUGUUAUACUGCUAUUGCAUGUUUUUCUAUUUGAUAUAAUUGUAUACCUUUGUUUAUACGCUUUAUAUUUAAUUACAGCUUAUUGGAGUACAUUUUUCAUU